AUGGGCGAUGACGGCCGAUUCGGUAAUGACCUGAUCGCCGUAGACGAGGGUGGGGACGAGGCCGGCCGGGUUCACGGCGAGGAAGUCGGCCGGCUUGUUGGUGAGGUCUAUGGACACCUCCUCGAAGGGGAGGCCGAGCUCGGCGAGGGCGAUGUGGAUGCGGUGGGCGACUGUUUUAUAGUUAGCUCAGGAAUGCUGGCGGGGUUGGAGUAGUAACAGAAAACUCCCAUACAUGGGC